AUGCAGGCAUCUCCAUCGUCCGGUUCUAACGAGACCAGUGACCGUGCCGAGCAUCGCACUCGCCGUGUCACCGUUGGGGAUGCCCCCCUGGGGUUACGAACAGCAGCAGGCCGUCUGGGAUCAACUGAACUGCUGCUAGAUCCACAGUCUGCUGCUGGCACUACGCCCUUGUUCAAGUUGGGAUCAGCAAGUCCGUCCCGGGUGAGCUUGUCUCUAGGGCCAUCCGUGUCCCUGGAUCCAAUGACGGUGCCAUACCUGAGCCCUCUGGUGCUUCGCAAGGAAGUUGAGAACCUGCUGGAACACGAGGGCGACGACUGCCUUCUCAGUGCUGGUUUUGUUGACCACCACCCCAUACUCUACUGGAACCUGAUUUGGUACUUCAAGCGGCUUAGUUUACCAAGCCAUCUUCCAGAACUGUGCCUGCAGGCUGUUUCUCUCCUCAGGGACCGCCAGGUCCCCGAGCAGUGGCAGUCCCUUGAAGGGAAGAUGGUGGUGAUCAGCUGCUGUUGGGACAACCCGAGGCUGCAUAACAACAUGGUGUCGUACAUGUACACACAGCUUGGCAAAAACAACAUGUCCUCCUUGGUGCAAUCGCUGGUGACGGAAGACAACAAACCUACAAAGAGCUUGCGGGAACGAGUGCUGAGUUGUGUGCAGCAGAGCAAUGUGCGUGAGGCAGUGGAGCUGCUGGUGAGAGAGAGGCACAAGGCACGCAGUCAGCAGCGCCGGCCCAGUCUCUAUCGCGAUGUUCUCUUCCUGUCCUUGGCCACCCUUGGCAAGGAUGCUCUCAACCAGAAUUUGUUCUACCGCGACUAUGUCAAAAUUUACGAAGAACUGGCGGCCAAACGCUCUGCAUUGUUCAAGUGUGACAAGUACCCGUCAGUGCGUGCCAUGCUUUGCCGCAAGUACUUCAGAGACUUGGAGCUGAAGCCGUUCUCCUCCACUUGAUGCCGUGAACGUUCACAUCGACUGUAGAUGGCUGGCACACUGUGUUCGUGUCGUACACCAAGUGUAACGAAAGGGGUGUCGCUUCACUCUUCGGCUCUGCCAUGGUUUGAUGCCGGAGAGCUUACGAUCAAGCUAGUGCAGCGGAUUGUUGUUGACAUUGUGAAAGAACUGUUGCAUUUGUUUCCUUUAGCAGAUGUAGUCCACUUACAAGAGUGCUACGCCUUCUCGAGCGAUGUUAAAUAGCGUACAUCAAAUAAUUUACAAAAGCAAUGCGUCGUCUUAUUUAUACACUAAUGUGUGGUUUGAUGAUAUAGUUGACCCACAGUUGUUAAUUUUUUUUUUGUGCAUGGCAUUGUAUAGACAUAUACAACAGUUUUUAAGCGAAAGAAAAAAAAAACUCAUCAAAAUGUGCCACAAAAAGCUGAAACAAUGAUCCAGCUAGUUCAGAGUCAGGCCUUUAAAAAUGCACGCAGAAACUUUGUAGUUGUGAUUAAUGAGUGUGUAAUUGCUUUGUUGUCGGCGUGCUCCCUUCAGCUAGGUUUUUUUUACUAAUCAAGAUGUUGUUUUCAGUUGUGUAUACUAAUUCUGAAAGCAGUUGGCUAGGUUUUUCUCUUAGGCGCAGGCAUUCAUGUCAUGCUCACUCAUAAAAUUGCAGCAAAAGAAAGCUGGGGCCCUACUUAGUAACAAUUUUUUUUUAUUAAUCUUGUUUUGCCCUUCAGCAUCACUGGUGCAUAUGCCACCGUUAUUGCUUGCAUUGUCCCUUUGGCAUAAGAAAUGAUGAUGAUGAAAGAGCAGAACAGUAGGAAAAUAAUUGUUGCUAAUUACGGCCCCAUUCCACGUUUUGCUUGAAACAUGUCACGCUUACAUGACACAUUCUCAUUUCAUGUUAUGGGGCUGCACGUCAACAUCUUUUCAGCCAUUGGUGUUGGGCAGCUGCCAUAGAUGGUAGCAGCAACUCAUUGUGUGCAAUGCGCUCUUACCUGGGUGUUUUCUGUUUGUUUAACGUGAAUUUAAUAUGCACGCGUGCCAUUGUUGUUGUUGAACUGGCACACGUCUUCAUCCAACCACUGUUGAAAUCACUCUGCUCAUGUGUGCGCCAACCUGCACAUGCUAACCAUCAUGCCAGCACACCUGUGACUGCUUAGAAACUGCAGCUACACUUGUAUGAUAACACACUGUACACUACAUUGCAACUAUACAUGCAUAUAUUAUAUAUAUACAUAUAUAUUAUAUAUAUACUGAUAUGUUUUUUUAUGAAGUUUAGUAAAAGGGUUAUGGAAGA